UGGCAGAGGCACCUCCCCUUGGGCGCGGAGGGGGUGACCGACACGGCCCCUCCCCCCCUUCCGUGUCCUGAUCUCGUGCCUCUGGAGGAAGUUAAAGCCCCGCGUGGCCCGGAGAGGAGCUCCCAGUUCCCGCGUGUGCUCCUGCACGUCUAGCGCCCACCAUGUGGCCCCUCGUCCUGGUCCUGCUGUGGGGCUGCCUCUUGUUCCCAGGUUGUGGAGCCCUGGUGGGCCCCAAGGAGAUCAGCGGAUUUGAAGGUGACACCGUGUUCCUGCAGUGCACCUACAGGGAGGAGCUGAGGAAGCACAAGAAAUACUGGUGCAAGGAGAGUGGGUUCUUUAUCUCCCGCUGCUCCAGCACCGUCUACGCGGAGGACGACGGCCAGGAGAGGACGGAGGGCAGGGUGUCCCUCCAAGACAACCCCCAGGAGCUCACGCUCAAAGUGACCCUGAGGAAACUCACCCUGCAGGAUGCCGGGAAGUACUUCUGUGGGGUCUCAAAACUGGGCCGAGAUGAAUCUUUCCUGGUCUCUCUGCUUGUCUUUCCAGGUCCCUGCUGCCCUCCCUCCCCCACUCCCUCCUUCCAGCCUCUCGCUACAAGGAGCCUCCAGCCCCAGGCAAAAGCUUGGCAAACUCCGCUCCCAGAAUUGACUUCUCCUGGUCUCCACCAAACAGUCACCACAGCCACGCGGGGGAAGACAGGGGCCGAGGCCUCUCCAUUCCCAGGGACUACUCCGUCCAGGCCCACAGGAACCACCCCGUACGCAGGAACCUCUCCAUAUGCAGGCACCUCUCCUCACGAAGCAACCUCUCCUCAUGCAGGGACCCUCCGCCCAUCCACACAGCCGGAGCCCGCCUCGACAGAGGACACUCGUCUGGCCCCCAGCAGGACCUCCCUGUCCAGCUCAACUGGCCACAGAGACACAGAGGAACGAGAAGGUCCACCUCUCACACUUGGUAAGGAAGGCAGCUGGCCCAAGCUCGGAUCCCUGUGGGUCGCUGGACUACGCCGUGAUCAACCUUGCAGGGCCCCCUGGGCCUCGAGCCAGCCCAGAGCCCUCCGUCAACCCCUGCACAGAAAUCCGGGGCCUCAGCCAGACUUCAGAGGAAGAAGAAGUCUAUUUCCAGGACCAGGAGGGGGACAUGAUCCCAGGGCCUCCCCUCCACAUGUCUGGGGAGGAGCUCGGCUUCUCGAAGUUCAUCUCAGUGUAGCGGCGAAAAUGCUUACGGGGGAUCUGAAUGGCUGGCUAUGCGCUAACCCGGAUAAGUUUCCUGCUACAGCUUUCAGAGUGCACCUGCCAGGCUCUGGAGCUGUCCCCUGACCCUUUCCAGGCUCUCCUCCUUCGUGCCCCAGCCCGACUGGAAGCUUUUGUCAGCCCUGGAGCCUGCAGUGGGGGUCUCACAGUCCCAGCGGGAGCCUGGGACCUGCCCAGUAUGUUCACAUGCUGGCCUAGUCGUGCGGCCAAGGAACUUACAGCCCGUGGAGCUCACCAGAGCCGGGCCCAGCUCCGGAGAUCUGGUCUGACUUUGUAUCUGUUGCAAGAAAUCCCCUGGGCCUGGGCGCCCAACAACAGCCACCCUCUCCAGACCUCACCAUCUUCUCUCUUCCUUCCUGACUCAGCACCACUGUCUCCUGCAUAAGUGAGUGAG